CAUGAAGUGGUCCAUAUUGAAAGAGGGUGGAGAUUUUUACCUUGAUAUUAAUGGCAAUAAGGCUUGUGGUUUAAAUGGGGAUUUGACUAUUUCGUCGGCAGGGGCUGGUCACACGAAAGAUGAAGUGUGGUUCAAAUGUAAAGGCGAGAAAGUGGGGAAGCGGCUGUUGAGGCAAAACUACAAUCUUGAUGGUGAUGGUGCAAAGUUUCGUGGAACUACAAACAACGUGGAGUUCCUCAAAGUGAUAGAAAGUUUGGGUGUUCCUAUUCACAGGAGAUCAACAAAGAAAAGAAACGUUCACAGUGAAGAUUUUGCUGAGUGUGUGACUGACCAUGAUCCUGUACCAGAGACGGUUACUGUUCCUGAUGGUCAUAAAAUCAUCCAAUCUAAAUGCGCCGGUGUCUUCUGUAUUGCCAUCAGUCAGUUGGUACGCAGCGAAAGUUUCUGUAUCAGGCCUAUCAAUACAUCAUGGGUCAGUGCUAUCAAAAAAGAUCUGCUGAAGACCCCGUCACAGCCGGUCACCACGAUACCGGUUGUACUAGACUCUGAGUUGUGCCUGUCAAUUGAUGACUUCCAAGCUGAUGACAACAACUCGUACAUCAUACUGGGUGGGAACCAUUUAGUAUCAGCUAUGAAGCUUAUCAUGGCGGAUCAGACCAGCAGUGAUUAUGAAUGCCUAGGCAAAGUCAAUGCGCAGGUGUAUGUGGGAUUAAAUGAUGUGGAAGCGUUGUACUUGUCAUCCCUCCACAAUGCUAAGACAAAAACACUACAGCUGUCCUUCCAGGAUAAAGUACGAGUUGCCCGACGGGCAUAUAUGAAAAAUGAGGACUCGUGGAAAGAAGAGGCUGUUGUAUCUUUGGGAUACAUAGAGGGAAAGACGCAUACGAAGGCCGGUUUGUCCACAAUCUUAUCUGUGGCAUGUUAUUCCACAAAUAAUUACCUGCUGGUUGAACAAGUGUUCAACCACUUCAGUGAUGGAUCGUUCCCCCAAAUGCUGUUCCGAAACUUACAGUCAGUCGCAGAUGAUAAGAGGACCCCCUACCUGUCCAAAGCUGUUGGGACGAACGGAGUAAAAGUGUCCCGAAUCAUUGUGGCAGACAAACGGAGGGAAAACUUAAAGAUCCUUGCAUGUCAGUCGCUAAACCAGCAAACAUGGGAAGAUGUUGAAGAACAUUUCUUCAAAUCUGAAGAAAUGCUCCGUUACACGGGAGAAAUUUCUUCACCUGAAGGAAGGGGGAGAUAUGUCACUUUUGUGAACAAACUUUCAUUGAACAGUGACAAUUGUGUAAUAAUUUCCAUAAUUGUUAAUGGAAUUGAGAGGACAUUCGACAAUGAGAUACUCGGGAAGAAAAUCAAAGAAAUCAAGACAUUGGUCGAAAAAGAAAUAAUGAAUGAGGAAUAAUGCAAUUUUAUUAUAGUAAUGCACUUCGUCCGUCUGUCAGUUCAUCCGUCCGUCAGUCCAUCUGUCCGUCUGUAUCAUUUAUUGUCCAGCCUAUAACUUAUUUAUGCAUUGAUUGAUAACCAUAUUACUUGGUACAAAUGUUGUCCUCAUUGAUGAUGUGCAGUGACCUUGACUCGGAUCAAUACAUCAAAGGUCAAGGUCACACGAGACAUUAAAAGGUCAGAGUACACAUGCUAGUGUCCGUGCUAAAACUUACUUAUGCAUUGAUUGAUUACCAAAUUACUAGGUAAAAAUGUUGUCCUCAUUGACACGAUGUGCAGUGACCUUGAAGAGGGUCAAUACCUCAAAGGUCUAGGUUUCAUGAUACUUCUUUAGGUCUGAGUACACCCGCUCGUUUCCGUACUUAUGCAUUUCAGGAUUACCAAAAAAACUAUAACUUGGUACAAAUGUUGUCCUUAUUGUGCAAGGAUCUGGACCUGAGUCCAGUAUCUUAUGGUCGAGGUCACAUAUGCCAUUUGAAGGUCAUAGUACACAUGCUUGUGUCCAGGCUUUUUACAUUUAGCAGUGAAGGCAUGUCAAUUAUUAUUAUAUUCAUUGACCUUAUAGAUUUCAUGUACUUUUAGCAACAAUAACUGAAUUGAUCCAAGAACACGUACCAAUUGCAAUUCGUGCUAGUAAUCCAUCAUUACGUUUUGGGUCCAUAUUAUGACAAUGCUAAAUAGAGGAUAAGAUAUUAAUGCUAUUUGAAAGUGUUUCAACAAGUUGCACAGAUUGAUAUUUGGCGCAUUAUAUCAAGCAAUAUCAUUAGGUGAAACAAGCUUAAUAUAUAAAAAUACAAUGGACUCAAAUGCGAUUAUAUAUUUACAACAUGUGUUUUCUCUUCAAAAGCAUUAAAACUAUGUUAUGACGUCACCACAACACAUAUGUAUCACUUGAUCAUAUAUAUUUAAGGCUUGCUAUUUCAUCAAUGUUAUACAUCAAGGACUAAUUCUCCUUCUUAUUUUUAGUCAAAAUAAUCUUUAAGAAUCUUUAAAUGAUAUUGAAGGUUACCGAUCAAACUAAUUGUAUUACCUACAUUUCCACUCUUGACCAGUUGUGUACAAUUUUGGUCAGAUUAAGCGUAUCAGUCAUGUUGCGAGAUAAACAAAAUAUACUAAAAAACAACGGUAGGGGACUGCCUUGUUCCAAUUAAUAACUAUAAUAUAGUGCUCUGGCCAAGACCUGAAAAGGGAUGAUUUAUUUAAUCACUUGCAAAGGACAAUGAUCACUACCUAUUGUGUAUGAGCUGCAAAUACUUUUACUAGGUUUGCCAUGAAUACUUUAGCUGUUAUAUAUACUUCAAUGUCAACAGAACGGAUGUUAUUUUAGGAAUGAAUUGUGGGGUUGAUGUCAUUUCGGUUAUCAAUGCAAAUGGGCUGGUCAAAGUGUGUGGAGUCCAAAAGACUUGAUGCAUACUUUGACCAGCCAAAAUGCGUUCAUAUCUCCGAAAAUGACAUCGGUCCUGCAAUUUAUAACUUAUAUUAAAACCAAUAGUUCAUUACUUUGAAAUAACACUUAGUAUUUAGAUAGAUGGCUUGAUAGAAGAUGCAUUGGGCUGGUACCAUAAUCCUUUAAUGCAUAGUUAUAAAAUCCACCCCAACAGCCAUUCUUCACAAUUGGUGCUUGUCCAGGCAAUAACUGCAAAAACUACUGAUGGGACUGAUAUGAUACUUUGUAUUUACACAAAUUGCAAUGAGAGUGAGUGUACUGCACAUUCAUCAUAAGCCUAUCAUUCAUAUUAAGGUAGCACAUUCCUUAUGAGAACCGCCACUUGAAACUUGUUAAGCUCAAUGCUUUUCACCCCUUGCUGUAUACAAACAUGACUACCAAACUUUUGGGGGUUUCAAGGUAGCGCUACGGUUCAAAUACAUCAAUAACCAUCAUAAAUGUUUUUCAUUUUCAUACAUUUCUUGGCAGGAGUUCAUCUGCUCCAUACCUUCAAUAUUGAUGGAUUUCAAUUGCUGCUUUUGUGCUUCAUUCAUUGUAAAUUAGCUUUAAAUUUAUUAUUCAAACCUGCCCACAUCUCUCCAUAUUAUGAAUCUUUCCAACUGUGUAUAAUAAUGCUACAACAAUUUAGUUUUUACUAGCAAUUGUAUUACAAGUUCUGCUUUUUCAUAGCAAACGGGCGUUUAGAAUCAUGCAUCGCUUUCAGCGAUAUUGUAUAUCCAUAUUAUCAUUGUUUGAGCUAUUCCUCAUGUAAAGGGUAUUACAAAUUUGUAAAUUGUUAUGUAACGAAUAUAAUACUUGUUCUUCAUUUGCCUUCUGAAUGUAACAUAAGAUUGACUGAGAAUGACUGCCUUCUGGAUUUAUCAUCAAAGAUCUAAAUAGAUCAUUUGUCACAUUCAAUUACAACAGUCACUGACACAAGUCAUAAUAAAUGAUGACUACUAAAACGAUAACCUUCAUGCAUUGGUACUCUUUCAUUGUAAGAAAGCUUCUCAUGUAAUAGUUAUGACUUUAAAUAAAGAAAUUGGGUAUAACCACUGGUCAUAAUUUGAAGAAGUCAAUCUGAUAUUCAUGAUGAAGGUAGAUAUAAAUUGUGCUGAUGUGUAUUACAUGUUAGGAGUCGAUGAAAGUUAUUUUCAAACACAAUUGUGCGCAAUAUUGUUAUAAUUGAAACUAAAUGUAAUUUUUCUUACCCUUCAAACAUAAUAAGAAAAGGAUGGUGUUUGUUUCAUUUGUAGUAGUGUGUUUAUGCUGUACAAAAUGACAACUAUAAAUUGUUAAUUUUUCUAUUCACAACCAGCAAACAGUAUUACAUUUUCAAUAAUAAUAUAGUAACAUUAACUGAGAUUUUGACAAUUACAUAUUUUUGUUAAUCAUUUCCAAAUAAUUUUAUAUUAGGUUAUAAAGUAUAAGUUAUUUCUUCCAUUUAAAAAUCAGUAAACAAAUUUGUUGCAAAAAUUGUCUAAAACAUACGCUAUUUUACUGAGAACUGGAUAAACAUUUUUUACCAAAAACUCCUUAGUACAUCAAAACUAUGAAUUAUUGAAUGCAUCCCCUUUAAGUGUUAAUUCUAUAUUGUUUAGCCAUGUUUUCAUUGUUUUAGCUACUACUCAUGUACAGGGAACCAAUUUUGCAAGCAUUUUGAGUUUGAAAAUAUAAUUCAGAUUUGCAAGUAUGUCAAUUCAUUACAGUUGUCCAAUUGACUGGUUGUCAUGAAGAAUAUGGAACUUUCACCUUAAUAAGCAUGUAUAUUUGGGAAAAGUCAUACUUAAUAACAAAACAUAAAGUCAUUUCUAGCCCCAAAAUAAAUGCAAACCAUCCCUAA